AUGAAUGGAUACUUUUCAGAUGACUAUGACAAAAAACUAUUCUGGAUUGUGGUGGGAUGUCUCCUGGGACUUGUCGGCCUGCAGUUUGUUGUUAUCCUGGUGUUUUUGAUCCGGUGGAUGAGUCAGACCUCGAGUGUUGUGAAAGACGAGUACUACAAAAAACUAAUCUGGAUAAUUGUGGGAUGUUUGAUGGGUCUGGUCGUGCUACAGUUUAUUGUUAUCCUGAUAUUUUUGGUUAUCGGGAUGUGGCAGAGAUUUGAUAUUAAAGAUGAAUACGACAAAAGCCUCUUCUGGACUGUGGUGGGAUGUCUCAGUGGGCUGAGCCUGCUCCAGUUUUUUAUCAUCACGAUGUUUUUCAUCAGGUGGAUGUGUCAGACAUCCAACAAACAGAGCUACACCACAACAGUCUCAUUUCCCAACAAGGGCUUUGAUAUAAACUAAAAAUAGUUCUAUUCAUAAGAGUGAGCUCCCUUAUGGUGAAUAUGGUGAGGUCAAAAUCACCAGGCCAGCUAAGUUGUUUCCCCUGAUUAUUGUUUUCUCUAGGCAGGGGAGGUCAGUCUUUGGUUCACAAAGUUGCGAUCUUAACUAGAUUUGCUAUAAAGUAAAGAGCCAACUGACUCGAUUAAGCACAAUGAAGUUCUACUUAAAUUGAUUUUAUUUUAUUUUCCAUCAAUAAUAAUUAGCAGUUAACUUACUUUACUUACGCCCAAAUAAUUGUUUUUCUCAUACUACUUGAGUAUAAACUGUGUAAAUUUGGACAAAUGCUAAGAACU